AUGUCGAACCCUCCCGCCACUCGCUCCUACAUGGGCUGUUGGACCUGUCGGCGUCGACGACGAAAAUGUGACGGACAGCGUCCGGUUUGUCAGAACUGCGAGGUCCGCAAUCUCCACUGCGAGGGAUACGAUGAAGCCCUUGCUCAGCCAUACACGCCCAGGCGUCGUCGAGUUGGACAAACCUCACUUGAUUCAUCACGACCAGCCUCGGUUGCUCUAGGACAGUCGGCCACAGAAACGAUUGUCAUUGAUGGUGCAUGUCCGGAGGUAGAGAAGACGCAGAGAAGCCCGUCGACGAACAGACCCCGGACUGAGACAGCUCAGGCUCGUGACCUUUUCCGUCAAUUUAUAGAAACUGGAUGCCAGGAACUAUUCUCCACCAAAGUCCUCACCGGUGCAUUUUCUAGUGCGAUAGUUGAUCUGUGUCAGGAUUCUCAGGCCUGUUACACCGUUUGCAUCGCAUUGCAAGCCUCACUCACAGACGGCCUGCAGAGGCAUUUUCUGGAAUACUUCGAUCUUGCCCUGCAACACUUUCGGUCCGAAUUCGGUCAGACAGAUAGUCUUACCUAUGGCACGCUGACAGCUGGGAUUUUGAUCUGGCCCAUGAUCGACGAGCUGGUCGAAGCGUUGGGUAUUCUCGACUUAUCCAGUUUCAUCAUCGCACGACGCUCCCCGCCCAUGCACAUCUGGUACCGACAUUGCCGAAACGGAGCUCGAUCGACACCCAAGAACCGACCGGUUCCGCGGUCCCUUGUCGAUCUGUUCUCCGGCGUGAGACUCGAUGCAUCCGAGGAUGAUUUCCUGCAUUGGCCAGGCGCCGUGGGUUCAUUCGCCCAGAUGCAUCUGUGGGAGACAUAUCGGUACAUGGGCGUGUUAUGUAUCCGCAGGCUACGACAGCAACAGGGGGCUUCGUCGCCCGAGAAUCGCUCUUCGGCAGAAAUGUCCGAGUCCGUCCACUGA